AUGCAGGCGACCGAUACUACGAAGAUGGCGGAUGGCGCAAGCACGAUUGAUGAGACUGCACAAGUACCUGAACGUCCUGAACCGAGAUUGGAAGAACCAAAGGAGCAUUUCGAGAAUGCGUCCGCGAAUGAUGACACGACCGACCAGACACAUACCCGCGAUCCAGAAAAGACCACGCCACCCCCAGUAUCAUCACCAAACACCGUCGUCGACCCCGAACACCCAGAUAAAGAGAAGAGCACAGCAGAAGUCAUCGCAAAGGAAAAGACCGCCGAUGACACAACCCCCGAAGACACCACCCCCUCCUCCGAAUCACAAUACCUCUCCGGCCCCAAACUCGCCAUCCUAACCCUCGGCCUCUGCCUAACCACCUUCGUAAUCGCCCUCGACAACACCAUCAUCGCAACCGCAAUCCCGCGCAUAACCACCGUCUUCAACAGCCUCGAAGACGUAGGCUGGUACGGAUCCUCCUACCUCCUCACCACAACAUCUUUGCAACCUUCUUUCGGGAAAGUGUACACGUACUUCGACGUAAAGUAUACGUAUCUGUCUGCUUUGAUCCUGUUUGAGGUGGGCAGUGUGAUUUGCGCCGCAGCGACUAGUUCGGCGAUGUUUAUUGUGGGGAGGGCGGUUGCGGGUGCGGGGGCGGCGGCGUUGUAUUCGGGGGGGAUGACGAUUAUCGGGUUCUCGGUGCCGUUGAGGAAGAGGGCUAUUUAUAUUGCGGCGCUGUCGAGUAUGUUUGGUAUUGCGUCGGUUGUUGGGCCUAUCCUUGGUGGUGCGCUUACGGAUCGAGCAAGCUGGAGAUGCCACAUAUUCUACCUCCCCUUCUACUUCCAAGCCAUCAAAGGCACCUCCGCCGAAGAAUCCGGCAUCCGCACCAUCGCCUACCUCGUCAGCAUAACCGUGUCCUCCAUCGUAAUCGGCGGCCUCAUCACCCUCGUCGGCUGGUACGCCCCUUUCAUGUGGUUCGGCAGCGCCAUCUUCGCCAUCGGCGCCGGCAUGCUCUAUACCCUCACCGUCCAUUCCCCCCCGGGCCAAUGGAUCGGCUACCAGAUCCUCGCGGGCAUCGGCGCAGGAGCCGGUGUGCAAAUCCCGUUCGUCGCUGUGCAGGUUGUUACGAACGAGACGGAUAUGCCUACGGCGAAUGCUUGCGUCAUGUUUUUUAAUUCGCUGGGGGGCGCGCUUUCGAUUUCUGUGGCGCAAAAUAUCUUUGUUAAUACGUUGGCGAAGGAGGUGCCGAGGUAUGCGCCGGGGUUUGAUGCGCGCAUCGUGGCGAAUGCUGGGGCGACGAAUUUGAGGAAUGUUGUGCCUGAGGAUCUGCUACCGGGAGUGUUGCUUGGGUACAACAACGCGAUCGUCACGGCUUUCAUAUUGGCGAUUGCGACGAGUAGUGUGGCGUUCUUUGUUAGUCUGGGUAUGGAGCAGAAGAGUGUCAAGGGGAAGAAGAUCAUGGCCGGUGGUGCGGCAUAG